CUCAGGUCUUUGGUUCAGUCCCCGCCUCCUUCUCUCACACGCACACUCUUUCUAGAGUCUAGAGAGAGAAAACCCAAAGAGUGAGACAAAGAAAAAGACCAGUAAGAGAGAGAACGCAAAGAAAGUAAAAAAGCAGUUGGGCUUCAGUUGGUUAUGGUGGAAAAUCCACUACGCGUGCUUAGGGACAAACCAGUCAUUUCAUCUUCUCUCCCCUCCAUGCUCUUCCUCUUCUGCAGCUCCAUUGCUAAUGGUGUUGAAGCCAUCACUAAAUUUGGAGGCUUCUUCUUCUUCGGCGGUGGCGGAUUCUGGUCGGUGACGGCCGAUUCCAAUGCCGGAAUAGCUGUAGCCGUCACGGCCUUGGCGGGUCUCGCUUUGGCCGCCGCCGUGUUGUACACUCGUAGGGGUCGUCUAAAAUCACCAUGGUCUCGUAGGAAAAGAAAACACGCCCUCUCACCUCAACAAUGGAGAAGUUUGUUUGGACCAGAUGGAAAGCUCCGUGAUGGUGGAGUCAAAUUUUUAAAAAAAGUUCGCAGUGGAGGUGUUGAUCCGAGUAUUAGAACAGAGGUUUGGCCAUUCCUCCUGGGAGUCUAUGACUUGAACAGUUCCAAAGAAGAAAGAGAGAGUUUGAGAACUCAGAAGAGGAAGGAAUAUGAGAAACUUCGGAGACAGUGCCGGCGCCUUCUAAAACGCAGCAGCGAAAGCUUUAAGUUAAAUGAAUCUGGUGUAACCAGCAGCAAUGGGGAUAGUGGGAAUUUCAGUCAAGACAUGGAUUCUCCCGACUCUGAAGAUGUGGUCAGUGCCAGAGAAUCCCUUUCUAGUGAGGAAAGGAACUUAUAUGUUGAUUGCACUAACCACCCGACCAGUGCAUUGUUGGAAGGGGAUGCUGGAUCAAAACGAGUUAUGGAUCCAAGGGCAUCUUCCCUCUACACUGAGUCAUCAGAUUCAGAUUCUUCUGAAGACCCUGAAAUGAGUGAAACAUUCCCCUCCACGGAAUGCAGGGAGGAUAAUGAUCCUUACAUGCCUACCAGGGAGGAUUCUCCCUCCUCCAAGACAGAAGUCCAGUCAAAUCUCCACAGCACUGAAGAUUUUGCCACAUGGCAGCGGAUCAUCCGCCUUGAUGCAGUUCGUGCCAAUGAAGAAUGGAUAGCAUACUCCCCAACUCAGGCUGCAGUAUCGGAUAGCAGGGCUCGCCGUUCUGCUGAGGCUGUUGGGUUAAAGGAUUAUGAUCACCUAGAACCCUGCAGGAUCUUCCAUGCUGCCCGACUAGUUGCUAUUCUUGAAGCCUAUGCACUUUAUGACCCCGAAAUUGGUUACUGCCAGGGAAUGAGUGAUUUACUUUCUCCAAUAAUUACGGUUAUGACAGAGGACCAUGAAGCUUUCUGGUGCUUUGUUGGCUUCAUGAGGAAGGCUCGCCAUAAUUUCAGGCUCGAUGAGGUGGGAAUCAGGAGGCAGCUGAAUAUUGUUUCUAAAAUAAUAAAAUGCAAGGAUUCUUAUCUAUAUAGACACUUGGAGAAGCUCCAAGCAGAGGAUUGCUUUUUCGUUUAUAGGAUGGUGGUGGUACUCUUCAGAAGAGAAUUAACAUUUGAGCAGACAAUUUGUCUCUGGGAGGUAAUGUGGGCAGAUCAGGCAGCAAUUAGGGCUGGGAUCGGAAAGUCUGCAUGGAGCAGGAUAAGGCAGCGAGCCCCACCAACAGAUGAUCUAUUACUUUAUGCCAUUGCAGCAUUAGUAUUGCAAAAAAGGAAACAAAUCAUAGAGAAGUAUUGUAGCAUGGAUGAGAUAAUAAGGGAGUGCAACAGCACGGCUGGAAAUCUUGAUGUGUGGAAGCUUCUUGAUGAUGCACAUAAUUUGGUGGUCACCCUACACGAGAAGAUAUAGAGACACCCUUCUGAUGGCUACCAUUGGAAAAUUUAUUUCACUUAUUUAUGCUAAUUGGUCCGUUCUUCAACCUGAUUUAUGACAUCCCGGCAAUGCUCAGGGAAAUGCAUCAUAGGAACCAUUCCCGUGGCGUUGAUGUUAAUGUUGCUGCUUCUGACUUUGAAGGCUCGAUUGAAAUGGCAGCGUUAAUGCUCAAAAGACAAGUUAUUUUGAGUCAUUCGCUCUUUUCUGUGUAUUGAGAUGUUCUCCUCUAAAAAAAAUGGCAAACGAUGGGACUUUGUUCUCACAUUUGAUCCCCAAACAAAAAAAAAAAAAAAAUGGUUACGCAGCUUGGUGAUUGAUUCCCAAAUCUAACUUUA